CCAGUAGUUCACCUUAUAUAUAUCGACAAAUUUGGAUAACUUUCAGUUGUUAAGUAUAUCUCUUAAUAAUGUUAGUCAAAUUCGUUCUUGCUACCAUCCUGGUAAUUCAGGCAUGCUGGGCCACACCCUUGAGCCCACGUAUCACGGGUGGAGUUGAUGCCAAACCAGGCCAAUUCCCAUAUCAAGUAUCCGUUCGUUGGGGUAUACCACAUUUGAUCUCUUACAGACACAUUUGUGGUGGAACUAUCUUAAAUGAUAAAUAUGUAUUAACCGCUGGACAUUGUAUCAUGAAGUUUGGAUCCUUCAAGGUUGCAGUUGGUAAACACUAUCUUCUACGAACCGAAGAAACUGAACAAGACGUCGAUGUUCUAAAGACGAUCGUUCACGAAGGCUACAAUGGAGGCAUAGCACAAAAUGAUAUUGCUCUGUUGCAAUUGAAAGUACCGCUGAAAUUAAAUGACCGAGUCAAAGUAGCCAGUCUUCCUCUUCAAGACGAAAAACAAACCGGAAAUGCAAUUCUUUCGGGAUGGGGCUCGGUAUCGAGACAAAUUAAACAAGUAAUUCCACCUGUUCUUCAAACAGCUGUAGUACCUUUAAUAGAUAAUGAUGCAUGCUUGGCUAAACUCCAAUCCGUUAAAUCUAUCGGAAAGAAACCACAACUUUUCCCAACUCAAAUUUGUUCUGACGCUGGGGAUAAUGAGAAUCUCUCUGCUUGCUCCGGUGACUCUGGUGGUCCAUUGGUUCAAUUAAAGAAUGAUAUACCUGUUGUUAUUGGUAUCGUCUCAUGGGGAACUUUACCAUGUGGACAUGGCAUGCCAUCUGUCUAUACUCGCGUCUCUUCUUACGUGAAAUGGAUCGAAAGCCAUCCCUAUCUAGGCUUCAACUUACCCUUAUUUUCCCCACGUAUCGUUGGCGGAGAAAAUGCAAAUAAAGGAGAAUUUCCCUAUCAAGUAUCCUUGCAAUGGGGUUUAACUUCAAGUAAUACUAAACACUUCUGCGGUGGAUCGAUCCUAAACGAAAAAUGGAUUAUAACUGCUGGACAUUGUAUUCUAGCUGUCCCAAGUGUCGGAGCGUUUGUUGUAAAAGCCGGAAAACAUAAUAUUAAAUACUCCGAAAAGGGUGAACAAAUUAUUAAAGUAAAAAGGUCUAUCGUACAUGAACUCUAUCCUGGUGGCGUUGCUCCUUACGACAUAGCUCUUGUCGAACUACAGGCACCUUUGUCUUUGAGCAAGGAAAUAUCCGCAAUAAAUUUACCAAACCCUGAAGACGUACCAACCGGUAAUGUCCUUCUCAGUGGUUGGGGAUCAAUAUCGAAAACUUCUGUCGCAGAAAUGCCCGAUAUUUUGCAAAAAGCAAAUCUCCCACUCAUCAGUAUAAAUGAAUGUUAUAACGCAUUAAAUGAUUUGAUUGGACCAUCACCUCUUGCCGACACCAACAUUUGCUCUGGUCCCUUGACCGGAGGAUAUUCAGCUUGCAGUGGUGAUUCUGGUGGCCCUCUCGUUCAGAAAUCUAACGGAAAAACUGAAUUAGUUGGUAUCGUUUCUUGGGGUAUCAUACCAUGUGGUACUCGUGGUGCACCAUCCGUCUAUACGAGGUCGCCCUCAUUUUCACCACGUAUGAUUAGUGGAGCAGAUGCAAAAAAAGGUGAAUUUCCUUAUCAAGUUUCCUUGCAAUGGGGUUUAACUGUUUCUAGGUUACAACACUUUUGCGGUGGAGCGAUCAUAAACGAGAAUUGGAUUCUAACUGCCGGACAUUGUAUUUUGCCUGUACCACGUUACGGCAAGUUCUUUGUAAAAGCUGGAAAAUAUAAUAUUCGUUCCAUCGAAGAUACGGAACAAAGUAUUGAAGUAGAAAAGGCCAUCAUACACGAAUCCUACAUUGGUGGCGUUGCUCCCUACGACAUAGCUUUGCUAAAACUAAAAACACCAUUGAUAUUGAGCUAUACAAUAUCCCCAGUGAAUUUACCAAUAAAUGGAAGCACACCAAAGCCAUAUUUAAAGCCUUUUUUCAGCGGUUGGGGAUCCGUAUCAACUGCUUCUUUCACAGAGAUGGCUGAUAAUUUGCAGAAAGCAAAUCCUACGAUUCUAUCUUUUUAUAAAUGUGAUGAACGCUUGAAAAAUCUGAUUGGAUCAUCGCCUCUUCACGUAACCAAUAUUUGCACUGAGUCCUUGAACGACGUCAAUCCUUGCAGUGGUGAUUCUGGUGGUCCACUCGUUUAUAAGAAUUCUGCUAAAUUACCUGAAAUAAUUGGUAUAGUUUCAUGGGGUAUUCAACCAUGUGGUACUCUUUUAAAUGUGAUAACGUGUAAAGAUAUUGAAGACAAUCCCAUGAUCAUAGAAUUUCCACAACGAUCAAUGAUGUUAGCCCAAAGACCAACAAGAAUAGUAGGUGGAAAGAACGCAGAAAAAGGAUUAUAUCCUUGGCAAUUGUCCAUUCAUUGGGGUGAUCCUUUACGUAAAUUACCACAAAGGCACAUAUGUGGUGGAAGUUUGUUAACAGCAGGCUGGGUAUUAACAGCCGGCCAUUGUAAAACUCUGGCACCAAAAAGUGGAGAAUUUCUUAUCUUAGCGGGCAAACAUAAGUUAGGUAUUCUUGAAGAUACCGAACAAAGUAGAAAGGUUGUUGAAGUUUUUGUCUAUCCUAUAUAUAACGGAACCGUAGCACCUUACGACAUAGCCUUGAUGAAACUGGAAUUCCCAUUCGAGUUGAAUCCAUUCGUAUCAACUGUUCUUUUACCAUAUCCUGAAACUAUUCCCGAAGGAGAAGCUAUAUUAACCGGUUGGGGAAGUAUCAGUAGAACGAAACUUCCAAAAAAUCCAGAAAUUCUUCAAGCCGCCACAUUGAAAAUAUUAGAUUACAAUUUGUGUAAACGUACGUUGGACAAAAGUUUACGUCACGAACGUCGAAAUCCAUUAGAUCAAACAAAUAUUUGCACGGGACCGCUCGAUGGUAGUUUAUCAGCAUGCAAGGGAGAUUCAGGAGGGCCAUUAGUAUCGUUAAAUGCAUUUGGACAAGUAGAAAUAAUCGGGAUAGUUUCAUGGGGUCUAUUUCCAUGCGGUGGUAAAAAUGCACCAUCUGUUUAUACCAGAGUAUCAGCAUACAUCACAUGGAUCUCCUGGCAAAUGUUGAAUCAUUGAUUCAACAUUUUGACGAAUAAAUUUCAACGACAGAACCAAUGAAAGAAACGUUCUUGAUAUUGUUUUAUUAUAAAUAUAUUUUAUUAUUCAAUAAAAAACAAUUAUAUUAUAUAUACCUAUAUAGAUACCCGACUGGUACUGAUAAAUAAUAAUUCGAUAGAUUAAUAAUAGAAGAUUAUGGCAUUUGUAGGGUUUGACUUAUAACAUACUAUCUAAUGGCAACUCGUUCUGUAUAUAUAUAUAUAUAUAUAAAUAAAAAUAUCACUUAUUGUUAAAAGCAAUACGAAUAAAUUUAUCAUCGAUUAAUAAAUAUCAAAUAUAUGUCUAUUUUCAAUUAUUAUAACAAUUUGCAAGCUUCAGUUAUAACUUGCACAGCAGCUAAUGCUUCUUUAGCAGUAGGAACGAUAUAACGUGCUGGUAGAACAAAACCAUAAAGCCCUGUAUCUCUCAAUUCAAUUGUAUAAGAAUAUUUGAUUUUUAAUAUAGCCUUCGCCCAAUCAUCGGAUCCACCUGCUGCUGCAUACAAAGUCGUUGCACUGUUACCAACUGUAUACGAACUCUGAGCUAUGUCUGCCUUUUUCAUUGCAUUUGCAGCAUCACGGCCGACUUUAUCAAGAUCAGCAUAAUCUGGUGGGACACGACGAUCAUAACCCCAUGGAUAUAAGAAAUACUGACCAUAACUGUGGAACGUUAAGUAUGCCUAAAACAAAUAAAUACCAAAAAAAAAAAAGGGAAAUAAAAAAACUCAUUUGUUAUCAAGACAUCGAAAGAAUCGUUCAUGUUAAAUAAAAAAAAUAAAAAAAUAAAAAAAUAAAAAAAAAAUAAAAAAAGAAAGGAAAGAGAAGAAAAUUCUAAUUGUUUAAAAUCUCGAAUACAAUGACACAAUGGAAACUUUCUACCUUUUGGAAAGUUAAGAGAAAAUUAACAAAUACGUGACCGAUCAACAUUUUUUCUUUUUCUUUUUUUUUUCUUUCGAAUAAAAACCAACCUUAAAAUCAGCCGCACUGGCCUCGAAGAAAUUCCUGAUUGCAUUUGUUUCCGGUUCGGAAAAUGCAGCAGAUCCAGCAAAGAUAUCGCUACAAGGAUUUUUACUAGUACCCAUUCCGCCCCACUUGUAUCCGAAAUUACGAUUGAGAUCUACACCAGUGCACUGACUACCUGCAUAACUUCGUCUAUUUUUUCGCCAGAGACGAUCAUUCGUGAAUGUAUAUUCGUAUCUAAAAAAAAAAAAACAAAAAAAAGAAAAAAUAGAUUCUUGUGAUCAGGAUUAACUAUGUUAAGAAAUAGUAUUCAAUUUAUAUAUGUAUAUAUAUAUAUAUAUACCCGUCUGGAUUGACAACAGGAAGUAUAUAAUAAUCAGCCUCUAGAGACUCGCUAUUUUCAACGAGAUAAUCAAUGAUGUAAGUUACAGCUGCUGGGGAUAUCCAUUCUCUGGCAUGGAUACCACCAUCGAUCCAUAAUGCUGGAACACCAGCCUUUCCAUUACUAAUCCUAAGAACCUAAAUGAGAUAUGAAUUAAAAAAAUAUAUAUAUAUAUUUUAUUUUUUUCAUAUCUUUUUUCCAAAAAAAAAAGAAAAAAAGGAGAAAAAAGAACUAGAUAUACCUUCAAAGGUCUGCCUUCAGCAGAAUUGCCAAUGUUCAUGACAGAACAAACGUCUGGAUAAGUUUGUGCUAAGAAAUCGAGAUAUCCAUAGAUAUCAUCGAGUGUAUGAUAACUCGUCCAUUCCAUUCUAUGACCUAAUUAUAACAUCUUACUCGUUAAAUUGCUUUCUGUUUGUGUUAGAAAUGACACAUGGCAAGAAACCAUUCCAUAGAUUCAGAAUACAACAAGCAUAUGAGACAAAUAAUUAAAUAAUUGAAUAAAUAUAAAUAUAAAUAAAUAAAUAUUUAUAUAUAUAUAUAUAUACAUAUAUAUCUAUGUGUGUGUGUGUGUGUGUGUAAAAAUAAAUAAAUAAAUAUAUCUAUGUAUAUAAAAAGUCUAAUGAAUGAAAAUGAAAAGAUUCUGAAUCGACAGAGUGGAUUGCACAGCCCAAAAAGCUCACCCCUAAAAUGCCAAGGGCCACCACCUCCAACAUAGUACGCAUUAGCUAUGGGAUAACGAAGAGGACGAGGACGUGGAUGAUAUUUACUUCGUUUUUUGAUCAUCAUUCCCUGCCACCAAGCGUAACGAGCUAAAAAAUUUCUACGAUUCUGUAUUCAACUAUUUAUUUUUAAUUUCCUAAUCGAACGCUAAUCAAAAAAAAUUCUCUCGAAAAAUUUUCUCCAUACUUUAAUCAUAUCGAUUUUCUUUAAAUCUUUUCACCCGAAAUAAAUGAAAUCAAAUUACAAAUCGAUCUAUAUAAAAUGAUUUAUAUGACGUUCAUCAAUCAAUAAUUUUUAUAUCUGAUAAAAUCUAAUCAAAUUCGCUUUGAUUCUUAAUCCAACUAUUUAUUUUUAAUUUUCUAAUAUCAAUUAAAAGAAAAAAUUAUUUGAAAUAUUAUCUCGAAAUUCUAAUGUCGUUGAUUUUACUUAUAUCAUUUUAUUAUGAAAUGAAAUAUCGUCAGAUUAGAGAUUGAUCGAUAAAAUGAUUUACAAUUGUUCACUUAUAAUUUUAAUAUCUAUUAGGAUAAUAUUCGUAAAUUGAAAAUGGUAUAGAGAAAAUGCUGAAUAUAAUUAACUAUGAUUAAUAGAUCAAAGCAAACGUUCUAACGUACGUUCACGCACGUGAAUUACAACUACAUAUUUACGUAUUUACAUAUACUCGUACAUGCUUUCAACAGAUAUAACUGUUUACAUUGAAUCGAUAUUGUCUCACCGAACUCCACGAAUCUGGGUUACUAGGUUUAAACCAUUAUAGAGGUCAACGACACUUACGAGAUACUUAUAAAUUCGGUCAAAAUGUUUCAAUAAAAAUCAAAAUAAAAUUAUCAUAGGAUAUUACGAAAGAGAAAAUAUUUUUAUUAUCUAUCAUUUCUUAUCAAAAUUGUCCGAGCAUUUUCAUUACUUUCAUAUAGAUCAUUAUUUGUAAUUUAUUGUCGUCUAUUCCGUUGAUUAAUUAAUUAAUUGUCAUUAAAAAUGCUUGCCUCUUGUCUAAUUUUUCAUUAGUGAAAUUUGCCGACGAUCUAAGAAUCAAGAAAAAAGAAAUCGAAGGAAACCUCUCUAUUGGAAAAUCACUUUCUAAUGGGUGAUCUAGUAAGAGUUUCGUUUUAUUUUCAUCAGCUUUCUUCGAUACGUGAUCAGUGUUGAUAAUGAAAUAACGAUUAUGUGCAUUCGCAUAACUGUAUGAGAGAGUGUUAAAAGAAAUGAAAUUCAUCGUCUAUCAUUUUUUCUUUUUGUUUCCUAACCAGUAAUAGCGAAGGAAAAACAAAAAAAAAAAGAAAAAAGACAAAGAAAAGAGAGAAAAAAAAGAAGAGAAGAAUUAAAUGAGAUCGAAAAGCAAACAUGAUUUUUAUUCGAAUGUAACAGGCAAUGAACGAGCAGCACAGAUAAAGAAAGAAACAAAAUAAAACGAAAAGAGAGAAAAAAAAAAAGAAAGAAAAAAGAAAAACAAAUCUAUCGAACCUUUGCGUCCCUCUAAUUCCUCCAUUAAUUCUGCCGACAGUGGUGGAUUUUCUUCGUCUAUAGCUUUCUGUAGAUCAUCGAUGACAACGUCAUAUCGAACUUUUUGCUCUCUCAAAAUUCUUGAUGCUCUUGGUAUUGCAUCUUGCUUGACCAUUAUGUCAGCGAUAGUAUCGUUAACGGACCAGAAUGAGAAUACUGUUUGUGAAAAAAAAAAAAAUAAAG